AUGUCUUCACUUCUUGAUCACAGAUUUGAACAUCCAGCUGGUAGCUACAAAAAGAUUUUUGAGACAUGUGAGGAUCUGUCUGAGCCUCUUCCCGCAACCGUCACAGGUAGGAUUCCUUCAUUUCUGAAGGGAAGUCUUCUCCGUUUGGGACCUGGACUUUUUGAGGUUGGAGAUGAACCUUUCUAUCACCUCUUUGAUGGCCAGGCCCUCAUGCACAAAUUUGACUUCAAGAACGGCCAGGUCACCUACUACCGAAAGUUUAUCCUGACAGAUGCAUACGUGAGAGCCAUCACAGAGAAGCGUGUUGUGAUCACUGAGUUCGGCACCUGUGCAUACCCUGAUCCCUGCAAAAAUAUUUUCUCCAGGUUUUUCUCUUACUUCAAGGGCGUUGAGGUCACAGACAACUGCCUGGUGAAUGUUUACCCUGUUGGUGAGGAUUAUUAUGCUGUAACUGAAACCAACUACAUCACUAAAGUGAACACUGAUACCUUGGAGACACUGAAGAAGGUUGAUAUGUGCAACUAUGUGAACAUUAAUGGAGUGACAGCCCACCCUCAUAUUGAGAAAGAUGGUACAGUGUAUAACAUUGGAAACUGCAUGGGGAAAGGAGCAACAUUGGCCUACAACAUUGUCAAGACCCCACCCACACAGAAAGAUAAGUCUGAUCCCAUUGAGAAGUCCAAGGUGGUGGUGCAGUUCCCCAGUGCCGAGAGGUUCAAGCCCUCCUAUGUGCACAGCUUCGGCAUGUCGGAAAACUACUUUGUGUUUGUGGAGACCCCCGUGAAAAUCAACCUGCUGAAAUUCCUGAGUGCUUGGAGCAUCCGAGGCUCCAACUACAUGGACUGUUUCGAGUCCAAUGAGAGCCAAGGAACCUUGUUUCACAUUGCCAAGAAAGACCCAGGCGAGUACAUUGAUCUCAAGUUCAAGGGUGCACCCAUUGGCAUGUUUCAUCACAUCAACACCUAUGAGGACCAAGGCUUCAUUGUUGUUGACCUCUGUUCAUGGAAAGGUUUUGAGUUUGUGUACAACUACCUCUGGUUGGCCAACCUGAGAGCCAACUGGGAAGAGGUGAAAAAGGCGGCCAUGAUGGCCCCACAGCCAGAAGUCCGCAGAUAUGUUAUUCCCCUGGAGGUCCACAAGGAGGAGCAGGGGAAGAACCUUGUUAGCCUGCCGUACACCACAGCCACAGCGACAAUGCACGCUGAUGGGAUGAUCUGGCUGGAGCCGGAGGUGCUGUUCUCUGGGCCUCGCCAAGCCUUUGAGUUCCCUCAGAUCAACUAUAAGAGGUUUGGAGGGAAGAACUACACCUAUGCCUACGGCCUGGGUCUCAAUCAUUUCAUACCAGACAGGAUCUGCAAGUUGAAUGUGAAGACCAAGGAGACCUGGGUAUGGCAGGAACCAGACUCCUACCCCUCAGAGCCCUUGUUUGUUCAGACUCCUGAUGGGGUGGAUGAGGAUGAUGGAGUGCUUCUGACCAUCGUGGCGGCUCCCGGCUCCCAGAGACCAGGAUACCUCCUCAUCCUCAACGCCAAGGAUCUGUCUGAGGUCGCCAGGGCAGAAGUGGACUGCACCAUUCCUGUCACCUUUCAUGGGAUGUACAAAGCCUAA